AUGUCCAACAGCAGCUCCCUCAACGGCUUCCUCCUCCUCACACUUGCAGUGACACCAGAGCUGCAGCUCUUGCACUUCUCCUUCUUCCUGGGCAUCUACCUGGCUGCUGUUGUGGGCAACGCCCUCAUCAUCACAGCUGUGGCCUGUGACCACCAUCUCCACACCCCCAUGUACUUUUUCCUCCUCAACCUCUCCCUCCUUGACCUCUGCUCCAUCUCCACCACUGUCUCCAAAUUCAUGGCCAAUUCCCUCUGGAACACCAGGGCAAUUUCCUACUCAGGAUGUGCUGCCCAGGUCUUCCUGGUUGUCUUCUUGUUUUCAGCAGAGUAUUCUCUCCUCACUGUCAUGGCCUAUGACCGCUAUGUUGCCAUCUGCAAACCCCUGCACUAUGGCACAAUCGUGAGCAGCAGAGCUUGUGUCAGAAUGGCAGCAGCUGCCUGGGCCAGUGGGUUUCUCUGUGCAGUGCUGCACACUGCUAAUACAUUUUCCAUACCACUCUGCCAAGGCAACACAGUGGACCAGUUCUUCUGUGAAAUCCCCCAGAUCCUCAAGCUCUCCUGCGCAGACUCCUACCUCAGGGAAGUUGGGAUUACAGGAAUUGGUGCCUGUUUAAUGUUUGGGUGUUUCAUUUUCAUUGUGCUGUCCUACGUGCAGAUCCUCACUUCUGUGCUGAGGAUCCCCUCUGAGCAGGGCCGGCACAAAGCCUUUUCCAUGUGCCUCCCACACCUGGCCGUGGUCUCUCUGUUUGUCAGCACUGGCCUAUUUGCCUACCUGAAGCCACCUUCUAUCUCCUCCCCAGCUCUGGAUCUAGUGGUGACUGUUCUGUAUUCUGUGGUACCUCAAACCAUGAACCCGCUCAUCUACAGCAUGAGGAACAAGGAGCUCCAAGAGGCAGUAAGGAAACUAGGAGCACCACCAGCCCAGGGUCCUCUUCGGAGCCCAGGGGAGCGAUACUGGAAGGGAUAG